UGUUGUUUAUCAACGCGAUUAUAGCGAACCAACACUUGAAGAUCAUUUUGAUAAAUCAAUUUUACCAAAAGUUAUGCAGGUAAUGUACAGUGUUUUCUUGUAUUCUAUUUUAGUGUAUUUAUGUUUUUUAUUAUUUUUUUAGGUUAAAAAUUUUGGUAUGGCUGGUCGUACAAAAUAUACACAUUUGGUUGAUCAAGACACAACAUCAUUUGAAAGUCCAUGGGCAUCAGACAAAGCAUCAAAUAUUAAAUUUCAUAAUGAACGUGGUGGUGGAAUGAAACAAUUGUUUGAUCGUCCAGCAAAAAAAAAUACAUUUCAUAAGAGUAAAAAAACUGAAUAA